UCGGUUACUUCAGUUGAAAUGGGCCACGUUAAGCGUUCGGUUUGAUGUUUAGAAAACCCAGUGCAAGUUACACCGAAAACAAGAGGUCUUUAUCGAAAAAGUAUGGCUUUGGACUUUUGUCACACUGCUUUGCUGCAUUUUGUGCAUAUCGUGUUAUGGGUUCGUCUCUAUUUGUGGACUCUUGUAUCGAGAUUUAUUUCCAAACACAUCGGGUUGUGCAUUGGAGAGCAACGAAAACUUUCCGCUGAAAGAUGCCGCAUCGACUCAAAGAAUCUUCCCAAACUUCCAUUACACAUCGGUCUGCAGAUCCUGGAAAAUCGGAUUUCAGACGAAGAUGUCGCUAAUCUACUGGUGUGGUGCAUAGCCAUGGGAUUUCAAUAUGUUUCUCUGUUUGAUGAUGAAGGUUACUUCAAGAAAAACCCUUCAAAACUGAGAGAUGUGAUGCAGAAAAAGAUGGCAGCAAUCUUAGAGAGUAACCGUCUUGUCUUCCAUAUUGAGACACCAGUGAGAAAUGGAGAAAGAAGUGUUAAAGUCACCACCACCACCAAAGAAACUUUACAAGAUACUAAAAGUACACGGAUAGCCCUAAUGUCUUGUGAAGAUGGACGAGGGGAUAUCUUGGAAUCUGCCAGGAGACUAUGUCAAGAUGUAGCAGACAAGAGAUACAGAGCAUCAGAAAUAGGCAUUACCAAUUUAGACCAAGUCAUGAAUUCAUUAUUAGAUUAUCCUGACCCAGAUCUUAUCAUUCAGUUUGGACAAGUUAAUAGUUUACUUGGAUACUCACCAUGGAAAAUUAGAGUUACAGAAAUAUUGUCUGUUCCAACACAUCAUGGAAUGAAUUACCAAAGUUUCAUUGACGUACUACACUCCUAUUCCAAAACACAACAGAGAUAUGGCAAGUAAUGCAGCCCUCCCUUACAAGAUCUUUCCAUGAAAUACUUUAAUAUAUAUAUUUUUGGAAUAAUGUGUACUAUACAUGUAAGUUAGGAGUAUGAGAGAAGCUUGGUUAUAUACAUAUAUGGAUUAAUUGAUAGUCUUUGUAAUGAACUGCCAUAUGAAUGUUGAUUGAGGUAUUGUUUUUAUGAUUUUAUACUUUUUCAGUGAUUUAAUUUUGAUUUAAUCUUUGAAAUCUUGGUAUUCUUUGUGCUACAUUUAUUUUUGUACAUGCCAGGUGCAUGUGAUCUUCAAAUUGGUUUAAAUGCAAAAUCCAAAUACUGUACAUGUAUAUUAUAAUCUUCAUAUUUAUGGUAUGCAUGAGUAUAUGUGAAAAGUUUUGUAACAUGUUUGCAUUUGGACCAUAUCUUUUACCAGAAAUGAAUAAAGUAUGGUAGCAAAGUAUUGUCUGUAUAGUAACAGACCUGCUAGUAGCAUUCAGAACAAGUAUAAUUUAAUUUUUCCACUCACAUCGAAGCUUUUUUUUUUAACCUGACGACAUAUUACAAUAUAUUGUUGUAUGUACCGUAAAUGAAAGUGGGUCAAUAUUAUUAAGUGCGUGACCAUUCACUUUUUGGUGAAAGUAGUGUACAUGCCCAUUUAUUAAAGAACAUGUAUCUUACUUCAUAUUGAUUCCAGGACUUUGAUUAUGUCCAAUAUCAAAGUACAAUAUUGAAGUACCAACCUGUUUUUUCCACAUUCCCUGAUACUCUCUCAGACCGAAAGCAAACAGUUUGAUAAGAAUAUUGCCAAGGACCCAAUUAAAUUUAAGUCCCACAUACUGUAGUUGAUUUAAAAAAAAAAUGAACACACUUUCCCGGCAGUUAAAACUUAUUUUUGGACAAAUCAUCAACUCAUCCCCCAGUGCUAUUCAUAAUCAUUUAAUUAAUGUAUAUUGAUAUUUUGUAUUGCUGUAACACUCUUGCCAUACAAAUAAUUUGAAGAAACAUACUUUGGUUCUUUGCAUACGUAAAUGAAUUAUUAACUAAAUAAUAGGAAAUAAUUGGUUCUAGAUAUGACAUGUAUUUAUGGCUAUUACAAUGUUCAAGCAGCAUAAGUUACUUUAUAGUACAUACUAACAUAAAAAAGGC